GGAGGACCCUCCCUGCUUCAGAUUUCCCAACAGCAUGAAUCAAGAAAAGUUAGCCAAACUUCAAGCUCAGGUUCAGAUAGGGGGCAAGGGCACAGCUCACAGAAAGAAGGAGGUGGUACACAGAACAGCUACAGCUGAUGACAAAAAACUUCAGAGUUCUCUAAAAAAAAAACUGGCUGUGAAUAAUAUAGCUGGUACUGAAGAGGGCUGGAUAGCAAAGCACCAAAACCAGAAGACACUGAUGAGGAGGACGAGGAUGUUCCAGAUCUUGUAGAAAAUUUUGAUGAGGCAUCGAAGAAUAAAGCUAACUAAAAAAUUUUUUCUGGAGUUUAGAAGCUGGCAUGGACUAGAUUUAACAAAU